CUGUCCCACGAAGACUUCGAGACGCCGCCGGUGUAUCAACUUCUCGUGUAUCCCGCCACCGACGCCGCCUACAGUGGACGAUCCUACACGGUGAACGGGUCGGGCAUGUUCCUGGAAACGGAGAGUAUGCGCUGGUUCUGGGACCAUUAUCUGGAUCGCGCUGAACUCUCGGCGUACAACAUCUUCGUUUCCCCGUUGCGGGCCCGGCUCACCCCUGAUCUGGCGCCGGCCCUGGUGAUUACCGCUGAGUUCGACCCCCUGCGCGACGAAGGGGAGGCCUAUGCCGCAGCCCUUCGGGAUGCGGGUGUACCCACCGUGCAAAAGCGGUUCGAUGGCGUGAUUCACGGCUUCUUCGGAAUGCCUCACGUAAUAGAUAAGGGACGGCAGGCGCUGGAACUAUCCUGCGCCGAACUACGUUCCGUGUUCGGCAGCAUACUGCAACACGAGGCGGCAGCAGUGGCCGCCGACAAUUGA